CUCUCUCAAACCCAGAGCUUUCCGUUACUAGAUAACGCUGCGCCGCUCCAAACCCUCAAAUUCCCCCCUCCCAAUGUCGACGAUGGUGGAGAGCUUCGGGAGGAUGAACCUCUUCGCAUCCCACUCGCCGCCGCCGACGCCUUCCUCCCACUUCGAGCAGCGCACUCAAAGGCCCGUGCUCACUUUCGUUUUCCCCGCUCCUGGCGUCGCGAGCUCCCGUGCUCCUUGCCGCCAGGCGAUCAAGGCGGCUUGCGUGCAAGGGGAGGUGUUCUCCGUCACUUCUACCAAAUCAGAUGUGGAUUACCUGGGCGAGAGCACGAAAGGGGAUUUGAAUGUGAACCGGGAGCAUCUCGAAGCCUUUGGAUUUGAUGGUCGAGCUAGCUUAGACGGCUCUAUUGAAGAGAUUGCAAGGGUAGAAGCUAAAGAAGCUGAAUUUGCACUAAAUGCUCUAGGAAUUGUGGAUCCUUUUUCAUUAAGAAAUUCUCCACGUGGCAUCUUCUGCACUAGGACUUUGAAUCUUAGAUCCAUCGGCGUAAUUGGGUAUGACAUGGACUAUACAUUAAUUCACUAUAAUGUUAUGGCUUGGGAAGGACGUGCUUAUGAUUAUGGAAUGGCCAACCUAGAGAGCAUGGGUUUUCCAGUUGAUGGCCUUGAGUUUGACCCUAAAUUGGUUAUUAGAGGGUUAGUCAUGGACAAAGAAAGGGGAAACUUGGUUAAAGCUGAUAGAUUUGGCUAUGUGAAGAGGGCAAUGCAUGGCACAAAAAUGCUUUCAACCAGAGAUGUGAGUGAGAUUUACGGCAGAGAAUUAGUUGAUCUUAGAAAGGAAAGCCGUUGGGAGUUCCUGAACACCCUUUUCUCUGUUUCAGAAGCUGUGAUGUACAUGCAGAUGGUUGACAGAUUGGACCAAGGGGCAGUGCCAACAGAACAUGGACCUCUCGACUAUAUGGGGCUCUACAAGGCUGUUUCCAAGGCCCUCUUCAGAGCUCAUGUUGAAGGCCAGCUCAAGAGUGAGAUAAUGGCAGAACCGGAACGAUUUAUAGAGCCUGAUCCUGAACUUCCUCUAGCUCUUUUGGAUCAAAAGGAGGCUGGUAAGAAAUUGCUAUUAAUUACCAACUCUGAUUACCAUUAUACAAAACAAAUGAUGCAACAUUCCUUCAAUCGGUUUCUUCCGAAUGAUAUGGAUUGGCGUGAUCUUUUUGAAAUGGUUAUAGUUUCUGCAAGGAAGCCAGAAUUUUUUCAAAUGUCACAUCCAUUAUAUGAGAUUGUGACAAAUGAUGGAUUAAUGCGUCCAUGUUUUAAGGCAAAAUCAGGUGAUGCAAUGUUUCAAUUCCUUUUCUAUCAUUUUGAAGAGUAUGCAAGCUCUUUAGUUUGUAUAUCAAAAGCAUAAGCUUCAUUAUGCUACAUGGUUUAAAUUUCAUAU